CGAUCAUAUCGAUAUUUCUCCACCUCUAGCCUGCAACCGACGCGUACAUUAGAAGAAACUUAGUAAAUUAAUUAAUUAACCGUCUAGUGCAGAAACCAUCCAACGUACAUGGAUAAUGCCGAAAAAGACUGAACUUCACACCGCGCAAGUGCAAGUGCAAUAAACGCCGAGCUCGGCGACUAAAGAACGCAAUAUAGACAAAUUGAGACACAAAAAAAAAACUGAGUCUGAAUUCGCUGUUGUGUGUAAAUGCAAAUGAUAUAUUUUCGUGCAACAACAACACGGGAGCAGCAGCAGAAAAGGCAAAAAUAACAAAAAAAAACUGAAGAUGAAUGUGUGUGCGGGUCGCGUUAAAGAAAAUUAGAUAAAAAGCCAAAUGAAAUUAGCUCACGCCUGAAUUUCGAGUUUCGACGCAAGGUGAACGAAAAGGCGAAAAGCAAUCAAAACAGUUUUUCCAUUUUCCCAGUGUGCGUGUGCAGUUGAAAAACCACCUGCAUUGAUUUAUAGUUAAAAACAGCAACAAAAAAACGGAACUUGCACCGAGGAUAUAUACACAUACAUGCUGACUGAAUGUGUCUGUGUUUGUGCAUGGCCGUAAAGGCUGACUGAUAAAAAAAAAAAAAAAACAAGUAAAACAUACACACACACACCAACGCAGCGGGGCACCUAUACCAGCACGAUUUCUUGGAGGCAGCCUGCCAUCCAAACGCACAAAAGAGCCAUUGCCGGAGCCACCGGAAGGGUGCCGAACCUGAACCUGGCGAGGAUUGCAGGGACCCAGAAGAAUUGUAGACACAUUUGUGCCGCCGCGAGAACCCUUCCAAUGUCCAAUAAAAUCAACCCGAAGCGCCGCGAACCGACAGCAGCAGCAGCAGGAGCCGGUGCCACGGGAGUGGCCACCAACACGAGCAGCUCGACUGGAUCCUCCAGUGCCGGCAACACAUCCUCGGCCAACACAUCCUCGUCGUCCAGCUCGUCGCUGUCGUCCGCCGGCGGCGGUGAUGCGGGCAUGUCCGCCGAUCUGACCUCGCUGUUCGAAUGCCCCGUGUGCUUUGACUAUGUGCUACCGCCGAUCCUGCAGUGCUCCAGCGGGCACCUGGUGUGCGUGUCCUGCCGCUCCAAGCUCACCUGCUGUCCCACCUGCCGCGGCCCGCUGGCGAACAUCCGCAAUUUGGCGAUGGAGAAGGUUGCCUCGAACGUUAAGUUUCCGUGCAAGCACUCCGGCUACGGAUGCACCGCCUCGCUGGUCUACACGGAGAAGACGGAGCACGAGGAGACGUGCGAGUGCCGGCCCUACCUGUGUCCGUGCCCGGGCGCCAGCUGCAAGUGGCAGGGCCCGCUGGACCUAGUCAUGCAGCAUCUGAUGAUGUCGCACAAGAGCAUCACGACGCUGCAGGGCGAGGACAUCGUGUUCCUGGCCACCGACAUCAACCUGCCCGGCGCCGUCGACUGGGUGAUGAUGCAGUCCUGCUUCGGCCAUCACUUUAUGCUCGUGCUGGAGAAGCAGGAGAAGUACGACGGCCACCAGCAGUUUUUUGCCAUCGUUCAGCUGAUUGGGUCACGCAAGGAGGCGGAGAACUUUGUGUAUCGCCUGGAGCUCAACGGAAAUCGACGCCGGCUCACCUGGGAGGCCAUGCCGCGUUCGAUCCACGAGGGUGUGGCCUCCGCGAUUCACAACUCGGACUGCCUGGUGUUCGACACGUCGAUUGCGCAACUGUUCGCCGACAAUGGCAACCUGGGCAUCAACGUGACCAUAUCCCUGGUCUAAACGCACUGUCAAUUCGCCGAGUUCUUUAUUUUUUGUGUUUACUUUUCCAAUACAUAUAUAUACAUAUAGUUUAUAGCCCUCUGUUCGCAUCAGGCGUUCAACUCUUGGACAGAUUUUGAGUAGGGAGAUUAAGAGAGAGAGUUUUGCAGAGUUGUUUUAUAAAAAUGAUUCUCUAUUCUAAGAGCCACCUACAUGAAUAUGUAUAUAUAUCUAUGGAAAUAUCGGGGCUGUUUCGAUCUUCACAUUUGACCUGAUAUCGCCAAUUGGUUCUUUGUUACUAGAAAUUGGGCGAAAAUAUUAGUGUUUUAUACUUUAGCCCUGAUUGCGCACACAUAAUAGUUAGAUAAAACUUUAAAAUCUUUCCAAACGAAAAUGGAAAGCAUAUAAAAGUUAUUGCCACAGACAGGUAAAGUCUUGGCUAAAAUGCGUACUUUCCCUUUUUUUUUAAAGUAUUUUGUUUUAUUUAAAUUAGAUAUGGCUGUAAGUAAAAUUGCUAAUUUGCCAAAAAAUGUCAAAUACUUCUAUAGAGAUUUCGCUGAUUUGUUUAACAUAGAUAAACAUAGUAACUCUUUUCGAAUGUGAAAAUCGGAGCAGGCCUGUAUGUUUGUAUGUCUAAACGGUUCGAUUGGUACUCUAGUUGUAGGACUUGAUUUUUCAGUUACCACACACACUAUAUUUCAACGUUUCCGUGUUACCCGUUUUGUAAGCUCGUGGGGUUCUGCUUUAGUUUAAUUUAGUUCGUAAGGGCCACACACCUGGAGCAGAGCUGCCUGCGCGUGCCCACGUGCCCACCACCCACUACCCACUACAGUGAACACUGAACACUGAGAACACAGACCCACUCACCACAAUAACAGCGGCAAAAGCAAAAGAAAAAACAAAAAGCGAGAAGGUCACUCAUCACACUCGAACAUGUACUGCAAAGUCUAGUUUAGUUAAUGUAAAUUAUUUUAUACAAUAAAUGUAAAUGGUAAUAAGUAAAUGAACAGAUUAACGAAAUUAACAAACCUUAUAAAACAACAAUAGCGGCAAAAGCGAAACAACAAAGAAAAGUAAUAUUUGAUAGCGAUAAUCUGUAAUAACUCGAGAGUUGUUUGAGAGUUGCAGCUUAAACGAAACUGCGACCCGCAAUUUUGUUCAUGCCAAACCAUCGCAAAAAAACAAGUAACAACUAAACACAAAAAAAAAAAACGAAACCAUUUUUUUUCGCAAUGCUAAAAAGACAGUCGCCCCUCCCCAUUGUCCCUCCCAUCUCGAAACGUAAAAAGAAGCAAUGUUAAUGUUUAAAUUUCCAACUAGUUUAGACGAUCUCCCCUGCCCGGCUCAUGUCUUGGUUUUGAUUUCUAUCCGCCAGCGUUUCCCAAUUGAAAACGGAAGAAAAAUAAAUGAUUUUAAGCAUCUGCACCGUAAUUAGCUUUUAAUGCGCCGAUUUACCGCGCCACUACCAUACGAGAUCACUUACACAGACACAAAACUACAAAAGUGAAAUAAACGUGAUUAGUAAAAGUAAAAAA